CAAAGUUAUGGAUGCACACGUGGAAGAAAUGUUCUCGUAUGAUUUCAACGCUAGAACAGGUCCAAACAAAUGGCCAAACUUUUGGCCAUCUUGUGGCAGCGAUACACAGUCCCCUGUAAACAUCAACAACAGCGCGAUACAGGGAGACAAGCGUUUCCAAAUAAAGUUUAAUGAUGAGUUCAGAAAAAUGACCGGAGAUCUUGUCAACAACGGUCAUGCCCCGACCUUUUACUUUGACCGAAAGAGUCGCCUCCUGUUCGGAGCCCCCGGUCUUUCAAAUGAAGUAUUCGUGUUGGACCAGCUUCAUUUCCACUUCGGUGAUCGGUUUGAAACAGGUUCCGAGCAUGCCAUUGACGGUAUCAAAUUUCCGGUAGAGAUUCAUUUUGCCCAUUACAACAGGAAAUAUGGAAAUUUCAACAACGCAACUAGUCAGCCUGAUGGAGUGGUAGUCGUGGGGGUAUUUAUGCAGGUGGGCAUGGGACCCCCAGGGGAGCUAGACAGAUUUAUCCAGCAACACAUGGCAGACGUCAGAGUGCCCGACAUGAAGGGGGUGCGAGGCUCUCUGAACCCCAGUAUAAUGAUGCCGAUCAAUCGGUCAUUUUAUACGUACGUGGGAUCUCUGACAACACCGCCAUGUAGUGAUCGGGUCCGCUGGAUUCUCAUGAGGACACACAAGUCUAUAUCCCUUAGGGCUUACAACCUUCUCAGAAGUUUACGUGAUAACCAUGGCGAGCGGAUAGCCAGAUACGGAAACUGCCGACCGAUACAGAAGCUCGGCUGUCGUAUAGUGGAGUCGACCUGAAUAGCUUAGUGAAUUUGUUGAGCGCACCAUUCCAGAUACAACCUCAGAACUGAUGUAUUCUUUAAGUUGUCAAAUUACAUCUGAAUCCUAUUUGAAUUGUUUAUUAAAUAC